CCCUGCUUUGUCACAACCAGAAGGACACAGAGCCCAAAGUUAGGUCCUGAGGCUUUGGCCUUGACACCAAGGGACGCCGUCUCCCUGCCGGAAGCAGCUCACCAAAGCCGGCAGAGAACCCAGGCUCCGCGGGGCCACUGAUGUGGGGCUCCGCGGGCGCCCUGGCGUUGGCCGACUUCCUGUCUCCUGGGCCAGAUGCUGCUCCGCACUGCAGCAGUGGUCGCAUGCAGUGCGUGCCGAAGCCCGCAGCAGGAAUGCUGCCAUUGGUGAUUUUAAUUUCACCUUCCUACUUCUCUCAAUAACACGAUCCGCGUUUCAAACUCCAGGGAAAAGAAAACGGAAUUGGCUCCAGGAGGCUCUGCAAUCACCACCGGGAACUUUGGGAGGCUGGGAAGAUGGAGCCAAACCACUGUGUGGGGUGGAGAUGCGGACCCGGGGCGGCCGGCCUCUCCUACAGGUCUCAGGUCGGUGCGCCUGGCGUGCUAGCACCUGCCACGGGAGUGGAAGCCGAUUCCUUGACAACGCCUAAGGGGAUCCCGUUGCUAGGGCCGUUGCCAAGGCGGGGCCACGAGGAGGGGCUCACUUCCGGGAGGAGGGCAAUUGGCAACCCGGAAGCGGUCGGCAGUGCGGCGCUGUUUAAAGAUGGCGGCGGAGGAACCUCAGCAGCAGAAGCAGGAGCCGCUGGGCAGCGACUCCGAAGGUGUUAACUGUCUGGCCUAUGAUGAAGCCAUCAUGGCUCAGCAGGACCGAAUUCAGCAAGAGGUGAGGGGCUGCAAUUGCUGUGCAGAACCUCUGGUGUCAGAGCGGCUGGAGCUCUCGGUCCUAUACAAGGAGUAUGCUGAAGAUGACAACAUCUAUCAACAAGAAGAUCAAGGUGGGAGCCUGGCCAGAGACCUCCACAAAAAGUACUCGUACAUCCGCAAGACCAGGCCUGACGGCAACUGUUUCUAUCGGGCUUUCGGAUUCUCCCACUUGGAGGCGCUGCUGGAUGACAGCAAGGAGUUGCAGCGGUUUAAGGCUGUGUCUGCCAAGAGCAAGGAGGACCUGGUGUCCCAGGGCUUCACUGAAUUCACAAUUGAGGAUUUCCACAACACGUUCAUGGACCUGAUCGAGCAGGUAGAGAAGCAGACCUCUGUCGCCGACCUGCUGGCCUCCUUCAAUGACCAGAGCACCUCCGACUACCUUGUGGUCUACCUGCGGCUGCUCACCUCAGGCUACCUGCAGCGCGAGAGCAAGUUCUUCGAGCACUUCAUCGAGGGUGGGCGGACUGUCAAGGAGUUCUGCCAGCAGGAGGUGGAACCCAUGUGCAAGGAGAGCGACCACAUCCACAUCAUCGCGCUGGCCCAGGCCCUCAGCGUGUCUAUCCAGGUGGAGUACAUGGACCGCGGCGAGGGCGGCACCACCAACCCGCACAUCUUCCCUGAGGGCUCCGAGCCCAAGGUCUACCUUCUCUACCGGCCUGGACACUACGAUAUCCUCUACAAAUAGGGCUGGCCCCGGCCCGCUGCUGCCCUGCUGCCCCCCUCUGCCAGGCGCUAGACAUGUACAGAGGUUUUUCUGUGGUUGUAAAUGGUCCUAUUUCACCCCCUUCUUCCUGUCACACGACCCCCCAUGUUUUAUUAAAGGGGGUGCUGGUGGUGA